GGUCCGACGAUUGUAGUGAUAUUUUGUUGGAAAAACAGUGAUAAAUGGAUCGCCAGGAAGAGUAUCAUGAUCCAGACUACCCUGGAACCUCAACAUGCGCGACUGACGAGUCGGCGAAUCUGUCGGAAGAAGCAAGACUGGAGAAAAUUCGUAACGUUGUCCGCCGGGAGUUUGCAAAUGAAUUAGAAGUCAGAGAAAAUGAAGUAAUGCUCAUAGACCAGCGGAUGUCAACAUCUCGUCGUCUGCUUCAUCGCCUUCGAUAUACACUAGUGAAUAAUUACUUCAAUGACCAAAAACUGCAGCUCAGUGGUGCUCAGGUCCAGGACGAAGUUGCUGCUCAGCAUGAGCCCAGGGCUAGGAAUGAGGUAUCUGCGAUCCUACGCGACGGGCAACGUCGUCUACAUCCGUCAGUGCGCAAGCUUCUUGGCAAACAGACGGUGGACUUGGAUGAGAUCCUGUUUCGCAGUAGAGCGCCAAGGAACAAGAUACGUAGGGAUUAUUCGGCGAUGCUCCAAACUCGCAACUACACGAUAGCGGCGGACGCGACGAAGUCGCUCCGCCCGGACAAGGACGGGCCCGACGCGGCGCCCGAGGAGCCCGGCUCGAGCAAGCCGAAGAAGGUUCCCCGCCACCUGGACCCCAAGGCCGCGAACGUGGUCACGCUGGACAAGGCCACUCGGAACCAGACCAAGUACCGCUACCGCAUCAUCGUGGGCAACACGUCGAAGUACGCGCCGCCCGCGUCCCGCGCGGACCGCUCGACGCACAAGUGGCUGCUGUACGUGCGCGGGCCGCCGGCGCAGCCCGACGUGUCGCGCGUCGUGUCGGCCGUCACCGUGCGCCUGCACCACUCCUACGCGCCGCACCACACCGUGCACAUCGACAAACCUCCAUUCCAUAUAUCCCGCCGCGGCUGGGGUGAGUUCCCUGCGCGGGUGGAGCUUCACUUCACGCUGCCGGAACGCAACCGCCCCGCUAACAUAGAACACACCAUCAAGCUUGACAGGAAUUACACCGGUUUGCAAACGUUGGGCGCUGAAACAAUAAUCGACGUAUGGCUAUACAGUACCCAAGAUAUGUUACAAUAUGAAUACAAAGAGGACUUUGAAAUUGAACAUAAAAUCGAAUCCGAAACAGUCGUAUCGAAGCUGGAACCCAUGGAAACUGUGCCUGAGGAACAGACAGACAGACAGGACAACUGGCUGGAUUUCUUCUCCAAUACAACGGAAUUGGAUGUCGAUGAAAUGAUUAUCAAACCAGAGAAGAAAACUGAAGAAAGAAACGAUGUGGAGAAUUUGAUAGAACCUAGCAUAAUACCUAAACAAGACGUGGAUGGAAAUCAUAUAGAUCCUAAAGACAUGAAAGUAAUACGAGAAAAUGAUAUAAGUAAUCAUACUGAGAACGAAGAAGUGACGAAUUGUAAAAGUUUUGAAAACCAUGAGGAUUUACCCAACGAGUUGUUAACUCAACCGACAUCACCCAAAAAACGAAUCAUGAAGUAUAUGGACCCGACAACGGGCAAAAUAUAUUACUUAGAAAUGGAUAGAAACUUAGAUUUAAGUAAAGUACAAGAAAUUGUCAUAAAUUCGCAAGGAAAAGUGAAAACUGCAAAAAUAAGCCCAAUCAAACCAAACGGUUUGAAAAACGUUAGGAAAAACUCUAAGAAACCUGGCAUGUCGUUGUUGAAACCUGAAGUUAAAAGUUUGCUUAAGAAUGAGAAUUUAAAUCAAAAAAAAUCUAUAUUAAAAAAAAAUUAUACACAUAUAGAGAAUGAUCACUGUUAUUUGGGCACGAACUGGGCGAAAAAUCUGUCAUUUAAUUCAAAUGUAACGGAAUUAGUGUUGCCAGAUCAUAGUGAAGUAACAGAAAAUGUUGCCCAUGAAGAAAUUGUAAUAAAAAAAGAAAAAAGUUUAUACGAAUGCCUGUGUAGUGCGAUGACUCGGUUUACAAGUGUAAAAGUAGCCGUGAAUUACCUGUUAAAGAAAAUACCUGUUAUUUGUGGCGAUGCUAGGGAUCCUGAUUAUUUGAAAUAUUUCCCCUUUUCUGUGGAUAGUGAAGAGAGGUAUUGGAAAAUGGAUUUUGCAAAACGGCGGAACAUAGAGUGGUCCCGAGCUAAAUUAAUAAACAAACUCCUCACUGAACACUUUGUUCAUGAGACUAUAUGGAGGACGAAGCAGAUUCUAAUUUACUCUCGUCUUCAUGGAUUCUAUCCGGUCCGUACGGAAACCAUACAGAACAUCAAAUCAAACGACACAGAUUGGUCAUCAUGGACAGAUUUAGAGAACUCUAGAAUAUCAGAGAGUAAUAUAAAAGAACUUUAUCCAAAUGCUGAAGAUAUAUCUAGUCUAACGAUAUUCAACUCUGAAGAAUUUCUUCAAAAUGUAAUGGACACUUCGGAUAUAUCCGAUGAUGAGGAAGUGGAAAUAGUGACAACUGUGCCAGAAGCAGUGAAAAAUGAGUGUAGUGAUACGCAUAGUGAUUUAACAGUGUUGCCAGUGGAGAAUGAUGAAGAUAGACUCAGGUUUUUGUUUGUGGAGAAGAAGUGUGCCGAUAUUGGUAUAGAGUUACGGAAUGAGGAUGUUGGCAGUGGAUAUUCAUAUAGUGCCGUACAUGCUGUUCUGCUAUCAGCAAUGAAAAACUUCGCAGAAGACUUGAUACGAAGCGCGUUGGCUUCGAAGCUGCAAGACGCGAGGUCUGCAGAACAGUUACCUCCCGUUUGGAUCGGGUCGUCAUCAUCCCGCAGUGUGGUUUCCUUAGAACACGUCUACCGCGGUGCACAGAGCUCUCGAUUACAAGUGUUAUCAUCUAAAAACAUCGCCACGACACGAGUUCAUACAUAUUACAUCUAAUACAAUUACUAAU